UUGCUAACGAAAGGGGUGUGUUUCACACGUUCGCUUCAAUAGCAGAAAGAUGGCCUCUCCAUGUGGAGAAGUAAACAGACAGCUGCUUCCGGUCAAACUCGUGUAUUUCUUCUUUAUGGCAGGUGUGGGUGCCCUACUUCCCUUCAUCACGGUAUACAUGCGCCAACUGGGACUGUCUGCGAAGGAGACUGGAAUCAUCUACGGGGUCAUGCCCUUCGUCGCCUUCUUCGUGCGGCCCCUUAUUGGGGUUCUGGCUGACAAGAUACAACGCCAUAAGGCUGUGCUUAUCGUCUGUGUGUUACUAACUGGAGUCAUGUACGAUCUUCUGCUUUUGACACCCGCGAAGCAAACGCAUGAUAACUCGGCUCUCGCAAUAACGGUCCACCUGCAGUGUUCACAAGCCGAUUCUUUUAUCAGGGAUUGUAAUGUCGCUAACGGUGGUUGUGAGAUGGGUUUAAAACAAGCUCUAGUCGCCAAUAACCUUACUGGUAUUUCAAGAAAAUGUGAGUUUCAGUGUUCUGUGAGCAAGAACUCGAUUAAGGCAGGCAACACGUGCUUUACAGACGAUGUUGGGACGUUGAGUGAGGUUACGUGUGGUAGUGUUGUAAAUACCGGUGAUGACGUCAUGUUUCAAAGUGACGUUAAAACUAUACUCGCAAAUGAAAUUCAGGUGAGAAACAGCUCAUAUAGCGGCAACACAUGCACAGAAUAUGAUCUCAAGAAUGUAACUUUCAACGGCACAAAUUACUGGCAACUUCUAUGUGCAUCCGAAACUGUGUUCAACUGCAAAUUACACUGUACGCCAGAAAUCAGCCAGAAAUGUAUGAGCACUAUCAGUAGUGAUGACGAACUAAGCGAUACAUUUUGGAUCUUUUUCGUAAUAUUUUUGUCGUGCAACAUAGUGUUUUCCCCUGUGUUCAGUCUAAUCGAUGCGAUUGCAUAUGACAUUCUUGGUGAAAAGCGCGGCUCUUGGGGCCGUCAACGCCUCUGGGGGACUGUUGGCUACAUAACCUUUGCCGUCGCUUCAACUUUCAUCAUGGACGCUAUCAGUAAAAAGAGCAACGUUGACUAUUCAGUCUCAUUCUAUAUUUUUCUGGCCUUAAAUAUAUGUACGUGCGUGGUCGGAUACUUCUUAAAGCUAUCGGAGAACAUCCACUGUGGACAAUUAUUCAAAAACAUCCUAGGAUUGCUAAAAUAUCCCAAAGUCGUUGUGUUCCUGAUAGCUAUGGCAUGUUACGGUAUCAUGAACGGUGUUAUCGAAGCGUUCCUAUUCUGGUAUCUCAUAAUGUUAGGCGCUUCUCAAAAAAUCCUAGGACUCUGCGUAGUAUUCCAAUGUGUGCCGGAAAUAAUCAUGCUGCUAUUUGCCGGCAAAAUCAUCAAGCGUAUCGGCCACAUGCCUUGUCUGCACAUCGCCUGUCUUUGCUACGCCAUCCGUUUCUUCUGCUACUCCAUAAUCCCGGGGCCGUGGUACGUACUUCCGGUUGAGCUUCUACACUGCCUGACGUUCUCCCUCAUGUACGCCGCCGCCUCCUCCUACGCCAGCGUGAUAACACCAGAAGGGAUGUCCGCCACCGUCCAGGGACUUGUCGGCGGGCUACACUUCGGAUUCGGCAAGGGUAUCGGAAGUUUGGUUACGGGACAGUUGUUUGACGCCAGGACGGGCCUCGGGCCUGUGUGGACAUUCCGGGUUUAUGGGUUUUUCGCCAUCGCGGUCCUGCUGGUGUACGGGGCUGUCCAUUUCGCCUUCUUCCGGGACGUCACUUCCGACAAGGACAUUGCGUCAGACAGACAGGCUGGAAAAGAGGAGAGUUCGAAAGGCGCGGCGGAGAAGCUGUUAGGCGCAGGGGACGGAGCAGCCGUGGAGCUGCAGGACCGGACUGAGCCAUGCUGAGAUUUAGGGGGAGUUGGUAGGGACAGGGUUGGGCCGGACCUGCAUAACGUAACUGAACUCUGCUGCCAGGGGCUGGACAAGGGGCGGAGCAAAGAAAUAACAAGAGUGGUAAUGAAACUUGUGGUCGAAUGGAACCAUGCCGAGAACCAUGGCGAGGACCAUGCCGGUUCCUUCUUAAGAGUGUGUGUUAAUACAUAUUGCAUAUGAUUGUGAAGCCAAAAUACCACAAAAUUAUCACUUAUUACAUAAUAGUCAGCGCAUUCUUUUACUAGGUUAUUAUAGAACCACACUUUAACAUUACAGUCAGUUAUUUCUAGAUUAAUAGUCUACAUGCACCGGUUUGUGUUCAUAAACCAUGUGGUUGUUCAUUGACGACAUAUAUGGAGUUUAGUAAUUUCUAACUGAGCUGUCGAUCCAUGAUGGACAUUCGGACAAUGUGUUUGUUAAUUUGAAUUUGAUCAAUUGUUUUUGUCUAAAUUUGUACUCCUGUGUAAAUAUUGUGGAUGCCUUUGUUAUGUUCGGCCUUUGAUAAGAUACAGGGUAAUAUUUGUUAGUAAUAAUUGCCUACUUAUAACAUUAUAGCAUUUUUAGGAUUUUUUGAAUUUGGGUUAAAUCUUUACCUGAUAAAAAUCCGAUGCCUCUGUUUCUGUAGAGGUUUCGGUCAUAUUAUAUAAAAACACGACCCUGAGUAAUGUGGCACUUGUCUUUAUUAAAACAUGACAAAUGAAACAUUUUAAUACAAGCUUAAUAUAAUUAUUGUAACAAACACCCACUGACUGUUACGUUUUGACAACUGUUUUUUUUUAUUUUUGUCUUCGACAGCAUGGAAACCAGUUAAAUAAGACUGAUGAAUAAAAAAUGAUCGCAGGUUUUCAUAUUUAAGUUCAAAAAUUGAUGUUUUAUAAAACAUUAAUUUUCUAACAAAAAUAGGAAAAUCUGCGAUCUGAUCUUUUGUCAGCAAUCUUUUAUCAUUGGUUUGCAGAUAUAUAUGCAAAGAUUUGCUCUUUCUAAGACAACAAUUUAAAAAAGAUGUUGUAAAAACGGUAUAUCUGUGAGAGCGCAGCUUUUAAGGGCAUGGUGAUAUAUACGUGCACAAUCAAAACAUAAGUAUGAACUAGAAUGUGAAAAUUAAAUACAGCCAAGUUCUACAUCUUCAACUUGUCUACAUGCAGAAGUUUUUGUUUAAAUUUUAUAGAAGUGUCUAUCAUAUUCAUCUUUUGCGUUCAUCAUUUUCGGAUUUCCUACUCAGCUGCACAUUCUAGACAUUUAUGACAUUUUACUUAUACAUGUCCAUGGUGGGCAUCAAUGACAAAUUAAUUAUAAUUCUAUUUCAACGAUACAGUGUUUCUUAAUUGCAACGAGCGUUUAUACAAUGCGCUUUUCUUUGUUAUGUUGGAUCAUUAAUCAUAUAUAACCAUACAUUUGUAAAUUUAUAAAUGUCGUUGUGGUUAGAUUUGAAUUUCAUUAAUUUUGGUGUUUCUGAAUAAAUCUUACC